UCAAAAAUUUACAACCCCUUCACUGAAAACCUCAUCUCACGCGCCGCCACUUUUAGCGCGUGACCCCACUCGUUCCCUCACGUGCCGGAGGGUUUAAGCCACCGCCACCUGUCACCUGGCACUUUUGGCCCUACAUAUACUUCACCUCCACCUCUCUCUCUCUCACACACUCUAGUGUUCUCUUUCUAUAUAUACACAACAUACAUACAUACAUACACAAACAUAUCUAUAUAGUUUCAGAAACAGAAACAAUUAAGCAAAAAAACAAACCUGAUGGGAUCUGAGUUAAUAUACAGAGGUCACGAACCCCAAACGACGUCGGAUUCAUACUCUCCAAAACCCAACAAACCAUGGCUCUCCGUCAUCCGUCCCAUCCGCUACCUCCUCCGUGAACAACGUCUCCUCUUCAUCCUCAUCGGCAUUUUCAUCGGUGCCGCCGUCAUCGCCGUCAUCCCAUCCUCCACCACCACCAACCGCCAGAUCACCUACUCCGAUGCCUACUCAAUUUCUCAAACCACCGAGCUAUUAAACCCUAAGCGACCGGUUUACCGGUUCGGCCCGUUAAACUCCGGCGGAAAGAUUCCGUUAGGGUUGAAACGGAAGGGGUUACGGAUAGUGGUGACCGGUGGAGCCGGUUUUGUUGGAAGUCAUCUGGUUGACCGGUUAAUUGCUAGAGGAGAUAGUGUGAUUGUUGUUGAUAAUUUUUUCACUGGGAAUAAAGAUAAUGUGAUGCAUCAUUUUGGUAAUCCAAGGUUUGAGCUGAUCCGACACGACGUCGUUGAGCCCUUGUUGUUGGAGGUGGAUCAGAUCUAUCAUUUGGCCUGUCCUGCUUCGCCUGUGCAUUAUAAGCAUAAUCCUGUCAAGACUAUUAAGACGAAUGUGGUGGGGACAUUGAAUAUGCUCGGGUUGGCGAAGAGAGUCGGUGCGCGGUUUUUGCUAACGAGUACUAGUGAGGUGUAUGGUGAUCCGUUGCAGCAUCCUCAGGUUGAAACUUACUGGGGGAAUGUCAAUCCUAUUGGUGUUAGGAGUUGUUACGAUGAGGGGAAGCGGACUGCGGAAACAUUAGCCAUGGAUUACCAUCGCGGUGCUGGUGUCGAGGUGAGGAUCGCUAGGAUCUUCAACACAUAUGGUCCUAGAAUGUGCAUUGAUGAUGGACGGGUCGUUAGUAACUUUGUUGCUCAGGCACUGAGAAAAGAGCCCUUGACUGUUUACGGUGACGGGAAACAAACAAGAAGUUUCCAGUUUGUUUCAGAUUUGGUGGAGGGUUUGAUGCGUUUGAUGGAAGGCGAACACGUAGGACCUUUCAACCUCGGAAACCCUGGUGAGUUCACCAUGCUUGAACUUGCGCAGGUGGUCCAGGAGACGAUUGACCCGAACGCGAAAAUAGAGUUUAGGCCCAACACAGAGGAUGACCCGCACAAGAGGAAGCCCGAUAUAACCAAGGCGAAAGAUCUCCUGGGAUGGGAGCCAAAGGUGCCUCUACGCAAAGGUCUCCCUAUGAUGGUGUCUGACUUUAGGCAGCGAAUCUUUGGUGAUCAUAAGGACAAUGGUGCCACCUCAACCGCCACAUCAGUUUAAACCGCGACACUUUUUAUACUAGUAAGAUAUAAUGAUGAUUAUAUGCAGCAGAGGAAAAAAGGCGUAUACGGUUCCCUUCUCCCAGAACAACUAGUGUAGCAGAGUUUACGCCCGCCCUCUCUACCGUUGUUCAGGUUUGAGUUGGCUAUAUUAGUUUUUCAGGCUUGUAUUUUCGUUUUAUUAUUAUUAUUAUUGUUGUUAUUGUUAUUAUGUUAAACGUGAUUUGGGAACUUAAUUGGCAUUUUACAGAGAUAAGUUUUACGUUGUAGCCUACCA